AUGAGACGGAUGCGCGCCUCGGCCACCGGCCGGCCUGGUGCCGGUGCCGCGGGCUACUCCAGCAUGACCGCCGCUCGGAAGAGCCUCAAAACCAGCGAGAACCAGGGCCACGAGGCCAGCACCCUGGUCUGGCUGAAGCAUGUGCUCACCGAGAGCCAGAUCGCCGGGGAGAUGGACCAGUGUUUCCGGACCCGCGCCGGCAGUUCGGCCGAGGAGGUGUGCAUCGACCUGGAGACCGACUUCUGGCAGACGAUCCUGCGCGGUGUUCUCCUCUGCGCCCUGCUGGAGUGCCUGCUUGGGCGGCUGAGCUUUCCCCGGCCGGCCGAAUGCGCCACCUUCACCUGGGUCGCGCGGCCCCGAUCGAUCGUGGAGUACUACAGCAACAUCAACGAAUUCCGGGCCACCUUUCAGCGCCUGCUGCAGCAGCGCUGCCCGGCCAUCCACCAGGCCCCGCCCGGGUCCAGCCCUUUGAACGACGACGCCGACCGGCCCUACUAUUGGGACCACCCGAGCAUUCUCAGCUGCGAUGUGACCCUCUAUACCGAGGCGGCCAAUCCGUCCAGCCGGUCGUCCGAGGCCGCUCGCUAUCACGUCAUCAAAACCAUCAACAUGAUGCGCUUUUUCAUGGAGCAGCUGUCGGAGAUCUUUGCCGAUGUCGACCGCUCGGGCCCGACCCCGGUGGCCGUUCCCCGGUCCCUGGCCAAUCUCUUCGGCCCGGCGGCCGAUGCCAGCCCCGCAUCUCCGCCGGCCGCCCGGUCGGUGGCGACCUCCUCGGCCACUGCCGAGUCUGCCGCCCCGGAGGAGAGCAGCCCCGGCCAGACGCCCAGCCAAUCGGUCCCGACGAAGGCCCCAACGCCCGGCGAUGCUGCCACACCUCCCAGUCCAACUGUCGGCCCUGAGCUUGAUGCCGCCAUCGGUGGCCCUUCUUCCGGCUUCGCGGCGGGUGCUCCUCCUUCUGCCGCCCCGGAGGAGAGCAGCCCCGGCCAGACGCCCAGCCAAUCGGUCCCGACGAAGGCCCCAACGCCCGGCGAUGCUGCCACACCUCCCAGUCCAACUGUCGGCCCUGAGCUUGAUGCCGCCAUCGGUGGCCCUUCUUCCGGCUUCGCGGCGGGUGCUCCUCCUGUGGCUCCUGCGGCAGCUGCCCCUUCCGACACUUCCCUCGAGACGUGUCCCGAGUCCGCCGCCGCCGCCGCCACCCCUUCGGAGGGGGGUCUUGCGCUUGGCGAUCCCCCGAGGCCCCCUCCGGCGGCUGACGAGGAGCCAACCGCCAAUCCGGCGGCCGACCCUGCCCCCAGCACGUCCGACAUGUUGAGUAGCACCCCCGCUCCGGGGGCCCCGGCCGAGCCUGCUGUCCCUCCAGCCAUGCCCGAUGCCGUGCCCGAUGCCGUGCCCGAGGACACAUCUCCGGGAGAGGCGCUGGACGCCUCGCCAGCUGAGAAUGUGAGUCCUUCGGACCUGGCCGCUCCCAUGCCCGAUGCCGUGCCCGAUGCCGUGCCCGAGGACACAUCUCCGGGAGAGGCGCUGGACGCCUCGCCAGCUGAGAAUGUGAGUCCUUCGGACCUGGCCGCUCGUCUGGACCAGGCCUUUUCCUUCGUUUCAACCAUCAUGGAAAUCGCCGAUGCCGAUGUCACGGAUUCCCCCGGUCCACCUGCCCCCCCGGCGGCCGAGCAGCCCUCUGCCCAGCCGUCCGAUGGGUCCCCGAUGGGGGACCCCUCCGUGCCGGUGCUGCCGCAAAUCGCCAGCAUGUCGGCCGGCAAGCUGCGGCGCAUCUCGCUGCCCCCCUCGCGCCUGGCCCCGCCAUCGGUCCCAAUCAACCUCUCUGGCACGGCCAUCUCCGAGGACGAUUCCUCCUCGAGCGAUGGGGAUUACAGCGAUUCCUCGGGUGACAGUGACACUCCGCCGGACAUGGCGGGCCUCGAGCUGGAUGCCGCUCACUGGCCGGAGCCCCCAAGCGCGGGGGCCGUGGUCUUUGCCACGGCCGCCAUCGGCGCCCGGGGGUCCACCCCGGAGCAGCCCCUCCUGUCGCUUGGACCUGGGGAUUUCAUCCGCGUGCAGGAGCCCCCGGCCAAGGCCACCCCGCCGGCCGCGGCCGGGUGGGCAUUUGGUCGUCAAAUGUGCGCCAAUGCCUUCCCCCCCGGGGCCGCCUGGGCCGCCGAGUGCGUGGGCUUCCUUCAGCAGCCGCCGGGCAGCCAGGAGGCAAGUAUGCCGGCCUCGGCAACCGAGCUGCUGGUUGCCCAUCGGCCGGCCGGCUUCUUCCCGUUGGCGGCCGUGCGUCGGCUGGCCGACCGGGCCCUGGUCCGGUUGUCGACGGAGGCCGAGCUGGAGCGCGACAUCCGCACCCAGGCGGACGCCGUCCUGCCGGAAUCCCUGCGCCCCGGGACCCCGGCCGUUGGCACUCUGAUUGACCAGCCCAGCCGCAGCACAAGCUCCAAGCGCCCGAAGAAGCCGGCCUCCGGGGGCGGGUCCAUUGGCCCGGCGGCCGGCGGGACCCUGCGACCGAUUGUUGUUCGCCACACGGCGGCCGACUCGCCAGGGGCCGACCUGCCGGGGGGGUCUGUCGGCAAUGUGGCCGCCCAGCCUCCCUGUGCCCUGAGCCAGAGUCAUGUGCUGUGGCGGGACACGGUCGACCCGGCCCUGGCGGAAGCCCUGCCGCGGGAUGCCCUCCGUCGCCAGGAGGCCAUCUUCGAGCUGGUUCGCACGGAGGGCAGCUACCUGCGCGAUUUGCUGGUCUUGGAGCUGUACUUCCAGCGACCUCUGCGCCAGGUGGGUCUCCUGUCGCUGCAGGACCCGGUUGCCGGGCAGGCAGCCGGCAUGCCGGCCGGGCAUCUGGCCCCGGAUGGCCGUCUCCCCCAGACCCGGCUCUUUGGCCAGUUGGCCGUCCUGCGAGACAUCAGUGCCCGGUUGUAUGGGCGCCUGCGGGCGGCGGCCCUGGCCUGCCCAUUGGUAGAUGUGCUGGCCCCGGCCAUUCGCCCGAUUUUGCCCCUCUUCCGGGCGUAUGUGGCCCACUGCUCCGGCACGCCGGCGGCCCUGGCCCUGGUGGCGGCCCUGCGUGCGGGGGAGUAUGGAUCGCGCGCGGCUGAUGCCCUGCGCGGUCUAGAUGGCGCGGCCUUCCUGCCCGGGUCGCCUGCCCGCGGGCUGGCCCUGAGUUCCUUCCUGCUGACGCCGGCCCAGCGUGUGUGCAAGUACCCGCUGCUGCUGCGGGAGAUCCUGCGGUACACGCCGGAAGGCCACCCGGACCAGGCCGCCCUGGUGGACAUUCUCCAGCAAAUGACCGACAUCGUGAACAUGGUCAAUGAGGAGAAGCGUGCGCUCGAGGCGGCCGAGCGCCUGGUCGCCUUCGAGCGGCGCUUCGCCAAGCUUGGCCAGGCGGAUUCCUUCCUGCCGGGUCCGGGGUUCGGUGGCGGCCCGGCCGGCCAGCGGCGCCGGAUCAUCCAUAGUGUGCACUCGGUCUUCGUGGCGGCUCCCCCGCCCGGAGGCAUGGGGCCCGCCUCCAAGCGCCGGAGUGCCAGUCUGGUGGACUCGCACCGGCGGCGUGGGCUCUUCGGCGAGCGCGUGGAACCGGCCCUGGUCGGCGAGCCGCGUGCCAUUUACAUCCUCGACGAUCUGCUGGUGGUGGUGCGCGCGGUGCUCGGCUCCGGAUCCGGUGCCGGUGGGGCCGGCGGAUCGCUGUCGGGCGGAUCGCUGUCAGCCGCCACCGGGGCCUCUCUCGGGGCGGUGGCCGGUGCCGCGGCCACCGGCGGCGGAUCCUCCAGCGGCCUGGCCGGCGCCGUGUCCGGGGUCCACCCCAACUCCCUGCUUGAUGGCCCGCCGGCCGAGCAGCUGCCCGGGGGUCCGGCUCGACUGGAGCUGGUCGCUCGGUGGCCGCUGGCCCGGGUUGAGGCCAUCCCCCUGCCUGGGGAUGUCAGCGGCACGGCCAUGAUCAUCUCCCUCCUGCCGUCGGUUCUCCUGUCCAAAGCCACACCCGACAUCAUCGAGGAGGUGGAUGGCGAUCCGAUGUCCUCCUUCUUGUCCAAGCUCUCCGGCGACUUCCAGUCCCGGCCCAUGGUCUUCCUGGCCACGCGGACGCCGGAGCAGCGGAAUGCUCUCUUUGAGGACAUUUCCACCAACCUGAUCGAGCUGCUAAAGAACCGUGAUCCGGAUACCCUGAGCUUCGCUUCGUAUCUGGGGCUCGGCGAGAUGGCCGAAACGUAUUGCUCCCCGGUGGAGGAGGCUUCUGCGGGCUCGGCGACCGGGGGCGCGCCCUCCGUCCACUUGUCCAGUUCCUCGGCCUCCCUGAGCUCGGUGGCCUCUUCGCAAUCCGGGCACUCGGUCUCCGGCGGGGCUGGGGGCUCGGUGCGUGGCCUGUCCACCAGUGGCGGGACUUCCAUCCUCCGGACCCUGUCAUUGUCAUCCUCCACCCGGAUGUCAGCCUCCCGGAGCCGGCCGCAUAUUCUGGCCGACACCUUUGAGCAGCCGCGCGCACGGGCCCUGUCGACCAAUUCCUCCAAUGAGGAGGGCCCGGCUUUGGCCAUGGGGGCCCGCGAUCCCCCCCCGGCCUCGGCGGCACCAGCCGCUGGGCAGCUUCUCUUGCCGCCCACCGGCAUGGCAGGGGGCCUGUCCCGAACGGGGUCUGUCGACCGGGGCCCCGGCGGGGCCGGUGGCGGCCAUCUAUCUCCCUCCCCCUCGCACCACUCUUUCCGGUCUUCGGGGCUUUCCAUCCACUCGGCCUCGGGCGCCGGGGAGUACUCCCCGCCGCUGGCCCUGGCGGAUGCCCUCUUCACACUCCGCCCCGAUGGCCCGGGGCUCCCGGCCUACUUGGCAGAGUUCCUCCAGUCGGAUGUCAGUCUGUGCCGCGCUCUUCCCUCGUCCCGGCCCAGUGUCUCCUUUGCCUCCCUCGAAAGCAUGGCCUUCCCCCGGACGGUGGACGCCUCGUCCAAACUUGAUGCCUCGGACCCCUUCUCACUGCCCUCUUUCAAUGUUCUGGGGGCUGUGCGCCGGACCGGCGUCAAGAACCGCUUCCAGCGCCUGACCGCCUCGGCCGGCUUCGCCUUCGAGGUGUCCAUCUUCGAGCCCGCUCUCAAUGUCCUGCUCCCGGUUCAGGGAGAGCCGCCUGCCCAACGUUGCGUUUACAAGACCUUCGAGGAUUUCUUCCAGCUGCACUUUACCCUGAGCAGCCGCUGUGGCAGUGGCCGCUCGGAGGGGGGGCCCGGCGCCGGCGCCGUGGCCCCUGCCAGCCCCAGUGCCCAAGACUCCGGCCGGUCCCCGGAGCUUUUGGCCCUGCUGUCUGGCACCCAGCACCUGUCUUCCUUUGGGCAUUUCGCCCACCUUCCCCUGCCCCAGGUCCCGCAGCAGUCCACGCUGACCAGCGAGACGGUGUUGGAGGAAAUGCUGGAGGAGUUGAACCGUUACGCCCAUCGCGUGGUGCUGGCCAUUCAGCUGGCGCUACAUGUGGCUGUGGCUCGCGCUCCGGCGGGCGCGCAGCCGGAGAUCCCCGACUGGCUGCUGACUGCCAUCACGCUGGUCCGGGAAUUCUGUGAUGCCGAUGGGGCACAGCUUCGGUGA